AUGUCUGCAACAGACAAUGAUGACGAACCGAAUUUUAUGGUUAUAAAAUAUAGUGAGAAAAUGGAUGUGGAUGCCAAAAAUAUCAUACUAGAAGAAAUUGAACUAGAAUCUUCUAGUGAAAAUGGAGAGGAGACCAAAGAGAUUAUUAUUGAAUUGGUAGAAAUAGAACCAGAACAAAUAAUAGUUAAAAAUCCUGGUCAGAUCGAAAUUUGCAAGGAUACUCCAGAUGCACCCAUUGCAGAGCCUAAUGACAGAAGUAUGGAUGAGAUAGAGGAUGGAAAAGUAAAGCAAACAAAAGUUCCAAAAGUAGAUGCAGUCCCAGGAUGCUCAACUAUUCCUGAAAUAUCUUUAAUACCUCAAAAAACAAGUGUUCAACUGUUUGCAGAAGACACUGGUCCUCAACUAUAUGAUGCUAAAUGUCCAUUAGUCACAUUACCUAUAAUAACUAGGAACCUGCCCAAAGUAUUUGAAUACCUGCCCAUACAUGGUAAGCCACAAGAUAAAAAUAUGAAGGAAUUCUUUUCAAAUAAAAUUAAAGAAUUUGUCGGAAGUGGCCUCACUGAUGAUGAGUUUCAAGAGUUAGAAGAUUAUUGCAGCCCGAAUCAUUUAAAAACAGGACGAGAGAUAGUGAUGGGCACAAAUGUACCAGUAAUGGGAGUCCCGCUCACAAGCGGGAAUAUAAUACACAAUCUGGAUGAACCUCCAGAAGUAAAUGAGGACCCCGAUCUUUGUAUACUGAAGAAGAAUAAAGUACGUAUAGAGAAGGAUACCAAGGGAUUGUUCACGAAGAAACUCAAGUACAGAGGUGUUCGGAACCUGCCCUUUACUCAGGAGAUGUAUCACAAUAUGCCCGCCACUAAGCCUACAAUAGAGGUACCCGAUUUGGAUCUUGAGCCCGGCAAAGAUGUUCUGUACCGAGUCAGAGUCUACAGGCCUUAUACUUAUAGCAUGGCUAAAGAAAGAUUUACCCGCACCCGUCAUUCAGUGUUCUGCUACGACAUUAUCCUGACGGGGCGACACAGACUGUCAGAGCUUCGCGACCGGUUCGUCUGUCACAACGACUUCGACAUGAGAGUCGACGUCUCUAAUAACCCUGACAUGCUGCCCAGUGCUAAGGCUAAGGAUCUUUUCCCAUCUGGCUUCCUAUUCAUAAACAACGUGUUCUACGUGGACACGCGGGAAGGCUGCGUGGACUACAGUGAACCAAUCAGAGACUGGGCCAUCAAGAAGAAACUAGGGAACUUUCCUAAGAAAGAUAUGUGCAGUGUUAAGUUGGAAGAUCUUGUGUUGAAGUUGGGAUAUCCGGAGGUGUACGUCCACCAGGGGAACUGUGAACACGUAUUUUUAUUCUCAGAAGUACGGUUAUUGAACCCAACAGACCCACUGCGUCUUCACAACUAUCCCUGUUCCACUGCGAUUGCGCAGAACCAAACUGUAUAUUGCACUACAUGCGCAGAAUUCUCAGCUAAAUGGAUCGUCGUGGGGUGUAGCAGAGUUCCCUUCGACCCUGCCUUCUUCUGCGAGACUUGUUUCAAGCAGUAUCUGUAUAAAGAUGGCAAAAAAAUUGGUGACUUCAAGGCUUAUUCUUAUAGAGGAAAUGCGUUGAAUGUCCUAAAGCCUUGA